UAAUGGAAUUUGUUGCAACAUAAGUAGGUAAAAUACGUGUGGGGGCGCCGCCGGGACUCUUCUUAACUCAGUCGCGUUUGGCGUUCCCUCAAGCUCCCACUGGGUGACCAAAACCCUAGAUCUCUUUUUCAAAAUCUACCCUGCAUUUCUUCGUUCAACCUCUGUGUGUCCAGGUCUCAAUCCGUUUGUAGAAGCCGAAAUCCUUUAUUCGAUUUGACAUGGCUACUACAAUGCAUUUCUACGGAAUUAAAUCUCCCUAUCACCCUUCUUCAAGGACAACUUUGCAUUCACAACCUUUGCGCUUGCAACAGUGGCUCCAUUUUGCAACCUCUGUGGCUUCAGUUUCCGGAUCAUCUAGAAUUAGCAAGAAUUCAUUUAUUAGGAGAAGAGUCCUCCGAGUCAGUUGUGGUGGGAGAAAUGUAGAUGUGGUUGAACAAAGUGAAACCAAGAAUCAAGUUUAUGAUGGAGUUGGUAAGGAUUUUACAUGUGUGAUGAAGUUUGGUGGAUCAUCACUUGCCUCGGCUGAGAGGAUGAGAGAGGUAGCUGACCUUAUUAUCAGCUUUCCAGAAGAGAGGCCUGUGAUUGUUCUCUCUGCUAUGGGAAAGACAACCAACAAGCUUUUACUGGCUGGAGAAAAGGCUGUCAGUUGUGGUGUUUCUAAUAUAUCUGAUAUCGAAGAGUUAACCUUAAUAAAAGAACUUCAUCUUAGGACCGUGGAUGAGCUUGGAGUGGACAGCUCCACUAUUUCCCCACACCUGGAAGAAUUGGAGCAACUUCUGAAGGGAAUUGCUAUGAUGAAAGAGUUGACACUACGCACAAAAGACUACCUAGUCUCAUUCGGAGAGUGCAUGUCAACGAGACUUUUUGCAGCAUAUUUGAAUAAAAUAGGUGUUAAAGCUCGGCAAUAUGAUGCGUUCGAAAUUGGUUUUAUAACAACAGAUGACUUUACUAAUGCGGAUAUUUUGGAAGCAACUUAUCCAGCUGUUGCAAAGAGAUUACACAGUGAUUGGAUUAGUUAUCCUGCAAUUCCUAUCGUUACUGGCUUCCUUGGAAAGGGCUGGAGAUCCCGUGCAGUGACUACAUUGGGUAGGGGUGGUAGUGAUCUGACAGCCACAACUAUUGGUAAAGCAUUGGGGUUGCGUGAAAUUCAGGUAUGGAAGGACGUUGAUGGUGUUUUGACAUGUGAUCCUAACAUAUAUCGACGUGCAGAACCUGUGCCAUAUCUAACAUUUGACGAGGCAGCUGAACUUGCAUAUUUUGGUGCUCAGGUCCUGCAUCCACAGUCCAUGAGGCCAGCUAGAGAGGGUGAUAUUCCUGUUAGGGUUAAGAAUUCUUACAACCCUAAUGCCCCAGGUACCCUGAUCACUAGGACAAGAGACAUGAGUAAGGCAGUACUAACUAGCAUUGUUUUGAAACGCAAUGUAACCAUGUUGGACAUUGUUAGCACUCGCAUGCUUGGUCAAUUUGGCUUUCUCGCUAAGGUGUUUUCAAUCUUUGAAGACUUGGGUAUAUCAGUGGAUGUUGUAGCUACUAGUGAAGUCAGUAUUUCCUUGACAUUGGAUCCGUCAAAGCUCUGGAGCAGAGAACUGAUUCAGCAGGCAAGCGAACUCGACCAUGUUGUGGAAGAACUCGAAAAAAUUGCGGUUGUAAAUCUCCUGCAGCACCGAUCAAUCGUCUCUCUCAUUGGGAAUGUCCAAAGGUCUUCACUAAUACUAGAAAAGGCAUUUCAUGUACUUCAUACCAAUGGAGUUAAUGUUCAGAUGAUCUCUCAAGGUGCAUCUAAGGUUAACAUCUCAUUAAUAGUAAAUGACAGCGAAGCAGAAAAAUGUGUUAGGUCUCUCCACUCUGCCUUCUUUGAGAGUGAUUUCUCAGAACUAGUUUGGGAACAUGGAUCUGAGAACGGGUCCAUUUCAAGAUCAUCAAAUGAAUGUUGAUCCAUGCACAAACAUAUUCAUUCUGGCAUGGCAGCAUAUGUGACUCCAUCUAAAUUUGAGAACCAUUUGUUUCCCUAGUAAUGUCGUUGUCGCCUCAAUGAUGGGCUAUGCGGGGUUGGGGAGACCGAAGUCGCUUGUAGUGAUGAGCCAAGUCUAUAUGGUUAAAAGAUCAUUUUUUGUAAUAGCAUACCUCAGGCAGGAUAUUUGUGGCUGCGAUUCAGGUCUUUAUUUUCUACUCUCACACCAAAUCUUUAAUCGCUUUCCUAUUUUGUUAUUCUCUAUUAAGUUUAUUGAAUGAUCAUGCGGAAACAAUUUUAUUCCAUUGAUCUUGUCCGCAAGGCAUAAUCGAAUGAUCAGUUACAAUUUUUAUAUUGUAUUUUUACACUUACCAUUAAUAUUCCAUAAAAUUUAGGAUUUUAUUUGUGUCAAA